GUCAUCACUCUCUUUUUCUUUCUUUUUUUUUAACCUUGCGCUGUUAUUUCCGAUUCACGUGUGGGUAGGGUUAGAGGAGGACGGGUUUACCGAGAAACAGAAACUGACUCACACACUUGCACCUCGGUGCUGAAUGGACGGAACCUACUCUUGAUUCUUUACACAGCUCACGGAAACCAGAUAAAAGACAUGGCCGUCGUCCACCAGCAGCCGUCCCACGUGGUGACAAUGAUGACCACUGCACAACAAAGCCCCGGCUCAUGGAGCACUGGCUUGUGCGAUUGCUGCAGUGACAUGGGCACCUUUUGCUGCGGUCUUUGGUGCUUCCCCUGCAUGCAGUGUCAGACGGCCAGUAAAUUCGGCUGGUGCUGCUGCAUGCCACUCCUGGACUCCUGCUGUGUGGUGUCCUGCCUACUCCGCUCCUCCAUCAGAGAGCGCCACAACAUCCCUGGCUCAUGCUGUGAAGACUGCUGUAAGUUGUACUGGUGCUACCCGUGUGUGUGGUGCCAGAUGAACCGUGAGCUGAAGAUCAGAGGCCACCAGGGGGCUCACACCUCAGUGGUCACCACACAAGUUAUCAGUGGAUAGGACACGCCCGUUGAGGCCAGAAGACAUGUUUGCCUUGUAGCCUACUAGUUAGUAUUCUUAAUGUUCUUAUGCCUCCACAAAGCUGUAUAUUUAAGCACAGCAGCAUCAUAUGUACACCAACAGUUAGCAGUUAGCGCUGAGCAUCAUAACCACAUGUUUUAUAAUAAUGAUGUGCCAUUUGUAAUAGAUUGUUUUUGGAGACUUAACAUCUCUGUUCAAAGCCUGAGAUUCACUGUGAAGCUUUGAGUGGAAUACUAUGUCAACACAUCACAUGUUUCAUACUGAAUGAUAGCUCAGGUUCUUGUCUGACCUUUGAGACCCGUUGGCCAAUAAAACAAUAUCUGUUUCAG